AUGGCAUCGAUUGCAGUUGUUUUCGAGCUUGAGCAUGCUGAGACAAAGAUGGGUCAGGCAGUUGCUGUUGUUGGUCGCCACACUGAAAUGGGAAACUGGAAACCAGGACACCGACUUUCCACCACUCCGUUGGGAUACCCAAGGUGGAUCAUGGCUGCUCCUUUAUGGAUAGGAUCCAAUGGGACCGUGAAGUUGGAGUACAAAUAUGUGAGGAUGUAUUCGACUGAAUGUCCUGACUGGGAGGCGGGAAAGAACCGAGAGCUUGAGCUUGGUCCUGUGCCCGCUGGCAGCCACGUCUGGGUUAUCAGGGACAGGAAGUGGGGAGCAACAGAUUUGCUACCGAAUAUUGUCCCGUGCUCCCUGGAAGAGCUUAUUUCCAGCCGGAAUGAGGUUGAUCCCAAAUGGUGCCCCAAGGUGAGAGAUCGUCCUCUGAUACCAAAGCUUCAGCUGCCAACGCCUGACAUGCGCCACUACCGGAAGGGUACCGAGGCCAAGCCAGGCUCCGCACAGCCGAGUCAAGGCAGCAUAGACAGCACAGCUUCCAGCGAGUUCGGUGAGGUGAGUGAGGACAGCUGCGAAUCAUCGCCAGACAAAAUUUCCAGGUGUCGACGUGAAGUCGCAGCUUGCACGCUGCAGCAGCUAGAGGCUGCAUUUGCCCACACUGACGAGGUCGAGCUCGAAAGUUUGCGCCGCGAAAACGCCGCGCUUCGGGCAGUGCUGCGAUGCCUUGCUGCUGGGGAUCUCGAGGUGGCCGACCAAAGGACCAAGGAGCGUCACGUCAUCGUGCGCACAGCAUCGCUGCUGCCAGAAGAGGUCUGGUCUUUUGCCUUUGCAUCACCUGAGUUUGCUUCAACGCCACCCUGUCCCUAUGCAGAGGGACUGGAGGCAUUGCGGGCAUGGCGCCAGCGCAACGAAGAGCUGUGUUGCGCGCAGACAACUGAGGAGGGCUUCCAUUGGGAUUGGCCACUGUCUCGCUGUGAGCGGAAGCAACGCCUGCUGCUGGCAGAGAAUCGCCUGCAGGCAAUCGAAGGCCAAGAGCUUCUGGAAGAGAUAGUCCAGGAGAAUGCAGCUGAGCGUCAGGAACUGGCAGAGAUCAUGAAGGUGUUGGAGAAGCAAGCGGCGAAGAAUCGCAAAGGCUUGGCUGACAAGGAGAACUUCAUG